AUGCCUCCUAAGAAGAAAGGUGGUGGCGGCAAUAGCGGCGGAGCGCCGAAAGUGACGGUCGACAAGACCUUUGGUAUGAAGAAUAAGAAGGGUGCCAAGGCACAGCAACAAAUCAAAGUUAUCCAGCAGCAGCAAAGCCAGACCGGCAAGUCGCGUGAAGCACUAGCGAAAGAGAAGCGACGCGAAGAGGAAAAACGCGUGAAAGCCGAGGCCGAGAAGCGCAUGAAAGUCGAAGGUCCGCCGAUUGUGCAGCCACAUGUCCCAUUCGGCGUUGAUCCAAAGAGCUUGACCUGUGCAUUCUGGAAAGCGGGCCGUUGUGACAAAGGAUCGCGGUGCAAGUUCUCGCACUCAAGUGAUGCGCAGCGCAAAACCCAAAAGAAAGACUUGUACACUGACACGCGAGACCAAAAGGAUGACGACGAUAAGAAGAACGAUACCAUGGAUAAGUGGGAUCAAGAUCGUCUGAACAAGGUCAUAAACAUGAAGCACGGUAACCCCCGCACAACCACGGACAAAGUGUGCAAAUACUUUUUGCAGGCUGUCGAAGACGGCAAGUAUGGAUGGUUUUGGGAGUGCCCGAAUGGAGGCGAAAAGUGCAUGUAUCGACAUGCCCUGCCGCCAGGCUUUGUACUGAAGUCUGAGCGCAAAGAGCGUGAGGCUCUUGAAAAGGCCAAUGAAAUCUCGCUAGAGGAAUUCUUGGAAAGUGCACGGCACAAGCUUGGAUCCAACCUGACGCCUGUGACGCCAGAAUCGUUUGCCAAAUGGAAGAAGGAGCGCCUGGACAAGAAGGCAGCUGAGGAAGAAGCGAUGCGUCUCAAGAAGGCCACGCAAGCACAGGCCAACAAGAUGGCUGGUCUAAGCGGUCGUGAGAUGUUUGCUCUUAACCCUGAGAUGUUCGCUGAUGAGGAUGAUGACGAUGACGAUGGCGCUUUGGACAUGACGACGUAUAUGCCCGCUGGCUGGGAGCAAGGUCGGCAGGAAGAUGAUGUUCCGUCAGAAGGAGUGGCAAACCUCCGAGUCCAAGACUAA